UUGGCCAACGAAUCCUAUCUGCUGUCACUAUUGGGAUUCCGGAUGUGCUGUUGUCAGUGUAAAAAUUGUUUUUCUGGAAUUUGCCUACCAGUUAUAUGGCCUAAAUUCACGUUAUACACGAUUUAACAACGGAAUAUCAAAACGUAGUGUCUGUGAUGUCAACAUGGAGAGAGAUGACAGUCAAGAAAAAGGAGAGACAGAGGAGAUAACAAGUUGUGGUCCACCCUCUGCUGACUGCAUCCUGUCAACUGGUUCUUCUUAUCACACUCCGGYGCUGCUCUCUGACAAUCACACAGUUCCUGAGCCUGCUGGAACAGUGGGAGGAGACAAAAACACCAAUGUGACUUUAGAGGAGCCUACAUAUCCACCUACAUCAGAUUCWAUGGGAGAGAAGGGACUACAAGCAGCUCCUGACCAGGAUGUAGAACCGGCUCCUGUUCUGGUAAAAGAGGAAGAGACUAAUGCGUGCAGUAAGAUAGAAUAUCAGAACUGUUCAGGUGGUCAACCAGAGACUGUCCCAGAGGAGGUUUCAGCUGAGAAUGGGCAGGAUGACUCAGGGGAGUUUAUGGUCACUAUUUUGGCCAGGGGUAAAUUGGAGGAGCAAGGUCUGGGAGUGAAGAGGCGUUCCUCUCCACUGUCAGAGACUAAUGCCCCAGAGGCACCCCCAUCCCACCGUGACGAGGACGUGACGGCAGAGAGCUGGAGGCAGCACAGGAAGCAUGUGUUUGUCCUGAGUGAAGCAGGGAAGCCCAUAUACUCCCGCUACGGCAGUGAAGAGGCCCUKUCGUCCACCAUGGGAGUCAUGAUGGCACUGGUGUCCUUUGUCCAGAGUAGUGACAACAUGAUCCGCUCGGUCUACUCAGAUGGGCACACGGUGGUGUUCAUGCAGAAGGGUCCUCUGGUGCUGGUGUCUGUGUCAAGCAGCCGCCAGUCAGAGAAGCAGCUGCGUGGUGAGCUCCUUUACGUCUACUACCAGAUCAUCAGCAUGCUCACCCAGGCCAGCAUCGCUCGCAUCUUCCAACACAAGAAGAACUAUGACCUGCGGCGACUACUGGCCGGCUCCGAGAAGAUCCUAGACGGCCUCCUCAACCUGGUGGACUCGGACCCCAGCUUCCUGCUGGCAGCGGUGCACUGCCUGCCAUUGGUCUCCUCUCUCAGGGACUCCCUCAGCCAGAUCCUGCAGAAGGCCAUCACCCCCAACCUGGUCUUCUCCAUCCUCAUCGCCAAGAACCAGCUGCUCACCAUCGUCCAGGAGAAGACGGUGAUCGAGGACGCCAGGCUGGAGCCUGCUGACGUCCACCUCCUGCUCAACCUCAUUGGGGCCUCCUCUGCCUUCCAGGCUGGAGAGAUCUGGACUCCCAUCUGCCUGCCUCUCUUUAACCCUGACUGUUACUUCUAUGCCUACAUCUCCUACCUGGACCCCCCAGAAUGCACUGUGUGUCUGCUGCUGCUCUCCACGGAUAAGGAGGCCUUUUAUGCGGUGGCAGAGUGUAAGAGGAGGAUAGAGGUGGCUAUGCUGGCUCAGAGCUCCCUGAGCCUCAUAGCCAAGGCCCACUCCUACAGCGUGAGCCAGGUGGGCGUCUCAGACCUCAGGCACUUCAUGUACAAGCCCUUUGACGUGCCAGACAACCACAAGCAGCUCACCCAGUUCACCAGCCCAGAGAUGGAGGCUCCUUACAGCACGGAGGAGGAGAGGAUGAGGCUGCUAGACCUGUACCGUUACAUGCACGGUCGCAUCCACAGCUCCUCCCGGGCCCUCAAGCUCAUCUACCACGUGGCAGAGAGGGAAACGCUGCUGGCCUGGGUCACAAGUAAAUUUGAAUUGUACACCUGCUUCAGCCCCUUGGUGACUAAGGCUUGUGCCAUUAACGCCAUAACCAAGCUUCUACGGUGGAUCAAGAAGGAGGAGGACCGUCUCUUUAUCCGAUACCCACCCAAGUAUUCAACCACGCCCAACCCCAGCAAAAGCUCCCGAAGGUCUGACCAGCAGGAUUCAACAGAUAAUGGCUUCAUGUCUCUACUAUAGAGCUGCUCUAUCUCUGUGCUUAGCUCCGGCUCUUGCACUCUGUCAACACGUAGUUUGUACACUGGCUCUACCACAUCCUACAUCUUUGGGUACUUCAUUGAACUUUGACCACUGGACUAUUUAAGGAGGACUUGCCUUUUUGACACUUUCAGACUCUUCUGUACCUUUAUGAGAAAGCAUGUACAGGAACUGCAUUAACGCUUUAGAUUACAGUCGAACAAGUUGAUGUUCAGGGAAUCUGUAAAGUGAAAGCAAACAUUUUUAAAUUGGCUAGUGGUGGAACAUUGAAGAAAACUUUCAAUGAUAUUGAGUUUUUAUAUUGUUUUAUUCUAUUGUAACAAAGGUGAGAACUUCUCGAAUGCCUCAUAUCAAAUACUUGUUACAUAUAACUAUUUCAAUUCAAGCUUUCAUGGUCAUUGACACUGUAGCACAUGACAAAUGAAUUGGGACUACCUACAUUAUAGAACUACUCUUGAAUUUGUUUUCAACUGCCUUCAUAAUUAUUGCUAGAAACCUUUUAGAUGUUGACAGGCUGACACAUAAACUAAAUCCUAAGUGUGGUUAUUGGUGGGAUGAACAGGAAAUGAAUGUCUGAAUUUUGAAAUGUCAUCAUGAAAUUUGGAAGGAUUACCACUUGUAUGUGGAUAUUUGAUAUGACAUGACUUCUACAUGUUGUUCUCAGUUGAUACAAUUGCUAAACAAUUGUUUGACUUGCAUGUUAUCAUCUUUGCAGUUUAGUUUGUAAAUAGUGUUAACUCAGUUAAUUAUGCUCUGGUAAUGUAAAUAUUCAGUUACAUURCCAUUCUAUCCUUUAUUGCUGGGAACCAAAUUCCUCACCCACAGUCUACUCUAGUAAUCUUCAUAUACUUUUAAGUACUUGACGGUUAAAUGCUUUGUCCAACACACUCAGAAAAUCCCACAUUAGAGUUCUAAUUUGUGGGAUUCUUUAUUCAGAGACACUUCAUGCAAAUUCUUGUUGGAUACCAGGAUCAACAAUGCGUCAUGUCCUGAGUGGUGGCUGUUCAGGCUUAUCUGGUUUGGCUGUUAGGAACAUCUUAUCUAGAGUAUUCAUGUUCCUAAAUAAAUCCCAGGUUGCACAAAC